AUGACUCGCGACGAAUGCCCAAUUUGUUUGGAGCCGUUAGACGAAACUAGAAGCCGUUUGGUAGAUUGUGGCCAUGAAUACCACUUCGAUUGCAUUAGGAAAUGGCAUCAGCACUCUCAGGACCUGAAGUGUCCGACGUGCCGUAAACCGUCGCAUUAUUUGGAAAAAGCCAACCAGAAGGUAAAGAUAGAUCUGAGGAAAUGCGGUGAUGCGAAUAGAGCAAUCGUGGAGCUCGCUGGAAGCAUCAGCAAUUUAGCACUUGAACCCGAAAACCAAAGUCGAAGCUGGACUUUGAGCUCAUUGGAAUGCGGGAUUUGCGGAACUCUGGACUCAGAAAUUAACAGAUACUGUACGGUAUGCUAUACGGCAUAUCACGAAAGGUGUUUACGAGUACUGCAGCUCGAGGUGGGCGACUUUUGUCACAGGCUUUUUUGCUGCAAUUGUCAUCAAGCCUUUGCAGACUCCGAUGAGAGUAGUAGUGUCAGGAGCAGGACUAUCCAAAGACUGGACAUGCCACGUAUCCACAAUCAGCCAUCUCCAUUGAAUAGAGGGUCCAACGACCCGUCGGAGAUAGAUGAGUCCUGGAAACUGCUGUCACAGCUACAGUCGGAAGCUAGAUUGCAGGCAAUCGCUAGUCACAAAAGAAGCAUACAAAACCACGUUAGAAGGGCCCUUAACUUGCAUUUUUUUGAUUCGGCGCCCUCUGGCUGCAGAACCGUGGAUAAAAAGCAGUUCACAGAUAUCAAUAAAUCCGUCUCACGACGGCUUUACCGCAUGUCCGAUUACGUGUACUGUCCUGAAAGUAUAAACUAUGAUGACGAGGCGCGCCGUUUGAUCCAGCAAGAGUUAUCCAGACUCUGCCCGGGACCAUGCACGUCGUGA